UAUUUUAAAUACUUCAUCUGAUCUCUUUCUUUGUUGCCUGUUUCCCUCGCUUUCUCCUCCUCUCUUCUUUUGUGAAACAAUGGACUGCACAACAUGGAAUAACUUAGCUAUGGCUCUAGUGUUGCUUCACUUGAGCUUAAUUAUGCCCGUCUUCUCACUCUCGUCUCACCCAGAUAGGAUCCUACGGCUUCCCGGACAACCCCACGUACGUUUCCAACACUACUCAGGAUACGUCACAGUCGAUGACAAGAAACAUAAAGCUUUGUUCUACUAUUUUGUUGAAUCUGAAACCGAUCCUGCUUCUAAGCCUCUUGUUCUCUGGCUCAAUGGAGGACCUGGCUGUUCUUCCCUUGGGGUUGGAGCAUUCUCUGAAAAUGGACCCUUCAGACCAAAUGGUGAAGUUCUGAUUAAAAAUGAUUACAGCUGGAACAAAGAGGCAAACAUGCUAUAUUUGGAGGCACCGAUUGGAGUGGGAUUUUCUUACGCUAAAGACGGAUCUUAUACGGUGGACGAUAACGAAACUGCCAGGGACAAUCUCAUGUUUCUGAAACUCUGGUUCAACAAGUUCCCUCAAUACAGGCGAAGAGAUUUCUUUCUUACUGGGGAAAGUUAUGCAGGGCAUUAUGUUCCUCAACUUGCAAAGCUCAUGAUUGACCUCAACAAGAAGGAAAAGAUAUUUAAUCUUAAAGGCAUAGCUUUGGGUAAUCCAGUUCUAGAAUACGCCACGGACUUCAACUCACGGGCCGAGUUCUUCUGGUCGCAUGGAUUGAUAUCAGAUUCCACAUACAGAAUGUUCACCUCAGUGUGUAAUUAUUCUCGGUACGUCAGUGAGUAUUAUAGAGGCUCAGUUUCGCCUCUUUGUUCAAAGGUUAUGAGCCAAGUAAGCACAGAAACAAGUAAAUUCGUGGACAAAUACGAUGUGACACUUGAUGUCUGCAUUUCCUCAGUUCUUUCGCAGUCCAAGGCCAUUUGCCCUCAAACACAACAACGAAAUGAGAGGAUAGACGUAUGUGUUGAUGACAAAGUUGUAAAUUACCUGAACCGAAGAGAUGUUCAGGAGGCACUUCAUGCCAAACUUGUUGGAGUUCGCAAGUGGGAUGUCUGCAGCAACGUACUGGACUACGAUAUGCUCAAUCUGGAAGUACCUACGCUUCCUAUUGUUGGGUCAAUAGUCAAAGCUGGAGUCCAAGUCUUAAUUUACAGUGGAGAUCAAGAUUCUGUAAUUCCACUAACUGGUAGCCGUACCUUGGUUCAGAAACUAGCAACGCAAUUAGCACUAAAUACCACUGUUCCUUACAGAGUAUGGUUCCACGGUCAACAGGUUGGCGGGUGGACUCAAGUUUAUGGAGAUAAUAAGCUGUCAUUUGCGACCGUAAGAGGGGCUUCCCAUGAAGCUCCGUUCUCGCAGCCUGAGAGAUCACUAACGCUGUUCAAGUCAUUCUUGCAAGGGAGGCCUCUACCUGCUGAUAUUUUCUGACACCGUAUAUGUUAAUGUUUUUAAGUUUUUCUCUGAUUUAAAGUUCGAGGUUGUAAUUAAGGCAGUCGUUUCAUAGUUAUUAUUAUUGUUAUUGUCAUUAUUAUUAUUACUAAAGCGAUGUGUUAACUGUGCAGUAUGUCGAAACAAGAAUGUAAAGCAGUGAGAGUUUUUUAUUUCUCGUUCAGUUUCCUUCCCCAAUAGUAGUUCGUACGUGUUGUUAAAAGGGCUUGCUUGUUUUGCUUGUUCGGCUGUCACAUGUAAUAAUGCAUCGUUUAGACAAAAAUAAUGUGAAAGUGUAUGAUCGUUCUCUCCCU